GCGUCCUUGUCCGCCGUGCUCAGGAGAUUGGGAGAAGAUGCAGUACGUGAGUGGGUCGAAUGAAUAAUUGGGCUUUCUUUGUCAUAAAAAUUCCACUGCCUUGUCUAGUUUUUUGCCAAAGUGCUGUUUAAUGUCGAGCCGGAGCCGCAGCGGCGUGGACGCUAAUUAGUGCCGGUAGGAGAGGCAGAAGAGCGGAGCAGUAACUGAAAGGAGUUGGGCAUCAAAUUGCACCGAAUGUCAUUAAGUUACACUUUAAAUAUCGAGCAGUUCAAUCAAGACCGAAAGCAGCAUCAUGGAGGUUGUAACGCAUUUUGUGAAUGACACAAUAGAAUUUUACAAAUGGAGCCUUACUAUAGCAGACAAGAGGGUGGAGAAGUGGCCGAUGAUGUCAUCUCCUGCCCCCACCCUGGCCCUCAGCUGCCUCUACCUGCUCUCCUUGUGGCUGGGGCCUAAAUACAUGAAGGACCGCCAGCCCUACACACUCAGGAAGACGCUUAUAGUCUACAAUUUCAGCAUGGUGGUCCUCAACUUUUACAUCGCCAAAGAGCUCCUAGUAAGCUCCACAGCAGCUGGGUACAGCUACCUCUGUCAGCCUGUCAACUACUCCAAUGAUGUCAAUGAAGUCAGGAUAGCAUCAGCUCUUUGGUGGUACUACAUCUCCAAAGGAGUGGAGUUCCUGGACACAGUCUUUUUCAUCCUGAGGAAGAAGUUCAACCAGGUCAGCUUCCUCCACGUCUACCACCACUGCACCAUGUUUAUUCUUUGGUGGAUUGGCAUCAAAUGGGUCCCCGGUGGACAAGCAUUUUUAGGUGCAACCAUCAACUCUUGCGUCCACGUCCUCAUGUACGGUUAUUAUGGGCUGGCAGCAAUUGGACCUCAGAUGCAGAAAUACCUCUGGUGGAAGAAAUACCUCACCAUUAUUCAGAUGAUCCAGUUCCAUGUGACAAUCGGCCACGCUACCCAGUCCCUCUACACAGGCUGUCCGUUCCCUCAGUGGAUGCAGUGGGCUCUCAUUAGCUACACCGUCACCUUCAUCAUCCUCUUUGCCAACUUCUACUACCACGCUUACCGACGCAAGCCCUCCUCCUCCCACAGGAGAGACAAACCCAUCGCAAACGGCUCCUCGGCGGUGAUGAACGGCCAUAGCAACGCGGAGGACGUUGAGGAUAACGCAAAGAGGCAAAAGAAAGGAAGAGCGAAACGAGAUUGAGUAAGUGGAGGCAUCUGAGCGGUGGAGACCCCAAAGAGAACAGAUGCUUUAAGGGCCAGAGAAGGUGGGAAGAGAGGGAAGGAAUGGACAGAAAUCCAACUUCAACAUCCCUGCAUGUAGGCGGAUGUGAUUUGUGACAAACUGGAGAAGAUGAAUGGGAAUCAGCGUGCGUAUGGGUGUGUCUGUAUGGGUUGUGGUUUUGUGAGGAAGGGAAGGGUGUCAGUUGUCUCUUAAAGAAAACAGCAGGUUGUCUGACUGGAUGCUCUUCUGUCCAACAGUGGUUUGGACCACAAUAGGACCAAAAUCAAAGUUAUCAACCAAAAUUCACCUCUGAUUUUUCUACUCUGGAAUCCAGUAUUGUUUCAACUCCACUCUAAAAUAGUCUUUAAUAAGCUAUUUAAUAUUAUAGUGAGACCUUUACCAACAAAAACAACAAGCAGUUGUUGCAAUUGGGUGUUUUUUUUGUUUGUUUGUUUACAGUGUUUGAGAAAGACUAGCACAUAAAAACACAAAGUAAGUUCUCAUAUCUGCCAUCUGCAGUUAGGUGUGUUACACCAACACCAAUCCAGCGUAUCAUGGGCUGUCCACUGUCUCAAACUACAGUUAUAAUAUGCUGUUUUUGGUUUAAAUAUUUUUUUGGGAAAACGGUAGUUUCUUUAGUGUUUAUGCAAAUUUGUGGUUUAUCCUUGGUAUAAUUUUCUUCGUGGGUCCUCAGGUUUUUUGUUUUGUUUCGUUUUUUGCUUUGCGAUUUAGCUAAGGUGCAAAAUAAGAGGUUGAAGUUCAGCACAAUAUUGUCUCUCUGCCACGUAGAACUGAGGGGAAAGUCACCCUGAAACAAGCUUUUUUUAUGAAAAACAAUUAUAAACUCAUUAAAACUAAUUUAUUCGUGUUGUUAUAAUGAAAACAACAGAGCUUCUGGAUAAAAUAAAGGCAACAUCAGCACCCCG